AUGCAGCACCAGAAAGCAAAGCACUUCAAGUGUGGUCACUGUCCUCGCAAAUUGAACACGGCUGGAGGUCUCGCAGUGCACAUCCAACAGGUCCACAAGCUUGACCCAGAACCGAUCGAAAAUGCGCUUCAAGGACGAAAUGGCUACGACAUUGAAAUCUUUGGAAUGGAAGGUAUCCCCGCAGCAGACGUCGCAGCGUACAAGCGGAAAAAGGAGCUCGAGCUAGGACUCCCUGUCGGAUACUUUGGUAACAAGGCCGGAGAACAAAAUAAGCCGACCACGAAGCGCAACUACGAGAACCGCGUGUACACAUUUGAAGAACUUCGCGGGAUGCUCGAAACGCAUCGACAACUGAUGGGACGAGAAGACGACAAAAUGGACACGACGGCAGAUGCUUCUGGGCCUGUAUUACACGCUGCGCCACAGACCUAUGUCCUCCCGACGGGUCUUCCAGGUCUGCCUCCUCCAAUUCCUCCCGUGGGCGUCCCCGGUAUACCACCGCUCUCUAUGACAGGUCCACCGGGUGUACCACCAGUUCCCGUUCUCCCCUUUCCUCCGCCACUUCCAGGCAUGCCACCGUUCCCUCCUGGCGCAGCACCUCCCGGAAUGCCACCAUUCCCGCCUGCUCCUGGAAUGAUGCCCCCACCUGGUUUCGCAGGUCUUCCACCACCAGAGGCGCUCGGAGGCCCACCACCAGGAGGCCCCUCGAUUACUCCUGCACCACCUAGGAAGGAUCCUGGUCCGUGGUUGAGCAAGCCACCGUCGAACACGACGCCUCAAUCUGUACCAAGCUCCCCAAUGAAACGAAUGGUGCUCGCGUCAAAGACACCAAGCGGACCAUUUGAUCCCGUCGCGGCAGGGCUCAAGGAAAAUACUGUGCUACAAUGGACGGAUAUGGACUUUAGUCCAUUGGAAAGGCGUGCAGAGGAUCCAAAGUACAGUCAAUUCGACGCCUCGGAGGACAUCGAGAUGAACGAGGCAGGUGGAAGAAGUGCCAGAUCACGAGCAAAAGCCCGCGACUUUUUAGACUGA